AUGUCCCUAGCUGGGAUAGAUGGCGAGCGAAAAUCGGGGAUCGACAUACGUGCCGAGCAUGUGACUGUGCGUCGCCGGCGUCGUUUUCCAAUUCAUAGUUGCAUCUAUAAUACAGGCGACGAUGGCAAUAUCAAACAUAGUCAAGUCGUCUCUGGGACCAGUUGGACUGGACAAGAUGCUCGUCGAUGACAUUGGUGAUGUCACCAUAACCAAUGAUGGUGAGAUAAAGCAGUGAACGAUGAUUAAUUCGAUUCUUCAGGCGCCACCAUUUUACAGCGUUUGGAGGUUGAACACCCAGCUGCCAAGGUGCUUGUGGAGUUGGCUGAGCUUCAGGACAGUGAAGUUGGUGAUGGGACUACGUCGGUGGUCAUUGUUGCAGCCGAGCUGCUGAAGCGGGGGACUGAACUCGUCAAAAGUGGUAUACAUCCAACGACAAUAAUGACUGGGUUUCGUCUUGCUCUUAAAGACGCAGUCAGGUUUGUUAAAUCCAGUCUCAUGGUGCCCGUUUGCCAACUUGGCGAUGAUGCAGUAGUUUCUGCAGCUAAGACAUCUAUGGCCUCCAAGCUUCUCAAUGCGGAUGAACUCUUUUGGUCUAGAUUGGCAGUUGAUGCUGUACGUUCGGUCAAAACGCUCACAGCCGCGCCUAAAUUAAAAAAAAAAAAAAGUCGGACACACACAUUUUGCACAAUAGGCUUGCAGCAAAUGGCAAGGCUCGCUACCCUGUCUCGGCUAUUCAUAUUCUUAAAGCCCAUGGGAAAUCUUCAAGAGAGUCUGAACUGGUAAAUGGGUUUGCAAUCAAUAUACAACGAGCAGCCCAGGGCAUGCCUACCGUGGUGAAAAAUGCAAAGAUUGCACUGCUUGACUUCCCACUCCAGCGCCACAAAGUACAAAUGGGCAUUGCUGUCCAGGUUGAUGACAUUGCCGAGGUGGAAGGAAUUCGUCAGCGCGAACUAGACAUUACAAAAGAACGCAUACAGAAGAUAUUGCAGUCUGGAGCAAAUGUAAUCCUCACAACCAAGGGAAUAGACGAUACCUGCCUCAAAUACUUCGUGGAGGCGGGUGCAUUGGCAGCCCGGCGAGUCAAGAAAGAGGAUCUCACGCGCCUGGCCCGUGCAACUGGUGGUCGCGUUGUUGUGACACUAGCGGAUAUGGAAGGUAACGAGACGUUUGACUCGGAGUCUCUAGGAUCAGCCGAGCUGGUGCAGGAGGAACGUGUUGGGGAUGGCGAAAUGCUUUAUGUCCGUGGUACUUCGUGUUCAAGGGCCACGACGAUAGUCCUUCGUGGUGCAAAUGACUUUCACCUCGACGAGCUAGACCGUGCGCUGCACGAUGUAUUGAUGGUUGUGAAACGUGUUCUUGAGUCUGCUGCUGUAGUAGCUGGUGGCGGCGCCGUUGAAGCAGCCCUGUCAAUCUACCUUGAGAAGCAGGCACAUACCCUGGGCACACGCGAACAUUUGGCGGUAGCUGAAUUUGCACAAGCGCUCCUCGUUAUUCCCCGGACACUUUCUGUCAACGCAGCUCAAGACGCAAUUGAGCUCGUGGCAAAACUUCGAGCAAGCCACAAUGCUGCACAGCAGCACCUCCAGGAUGAUCUUCAAAAGUUUACUGGGUUAGAUUUGACCACUGGACGUAUUCGCAAUAAUCUCGCAGCAGGUGUCCUUGAGCCUGCUAUAUCUAAGAUCAAGUGCCUCCGCUUUGCAACAGAAGCUGCAAUCACCAUCUUGCGUAUUGAUGACAUGAUCAAGCUCAAUCCGAUGGCUCAAGAAUGAUCAUUUGGCGCCAAUCUAAGCACAUAAUCCGCUGAACUGUUCAAGAAGAUUGAUAUGAUAAAAAAGACAAAAGACGAGUGGCCAUCGUUGUCAUGAUGAUUAAUCAGGAAGGAAAUAAAUUAGAUACUCUCCAGGCUACCCUACAUUUUUAAGUUAGAGAGGAGGUGUUUUAACAAUGAAAAAGCAUUGGAUUUGAUGUUGGUCAGAGCUGUCUGAUAUCAUCGCUAGUUGUGGGAUGGUUGGGAGGCACAGAGUUCGAUGGACUCAUAGCGCGGGACAAAAAAACGUGUUAGGAGUGCUAUGCACCUCUGGAAUCAUGUGUGCGUCGAAAGGAAUUCCCGGCAGCGAAAGAAAUUCCCGGCAGCGUCGGCCAGCACAAGCAUGGCCAAUAAACACCGGUGGGGACGUCUUUCUAUUCUAAACUUAAAGAGGAAAUUAAGAGUACGGGUAUGUUCAAGUUUUGCGCCCUUUCAAACCGCGCGCCCGGGCCGCCAAAACUUCCAUGCAAAUGCGCCAUGAGGGGUAUGGGGGGGGUCUUCGCGCACCCUCAUGGCCAAAACUUCCAUGCCCACCCCCUCAUGGUCUUCGCGCCAAAACUUCCACCCCCUCAUGGUCUUCUUUGCAAAUGCGCCAUGUCGCGCACCCCCCC